ACUGUACUGUGAAGUGAGGCUAGAAAUGCGAAUGCGACCACAGUUCAUGUCACUUAGUUGAAAUCAGUCAAAAAGUAAACAUGGCGGCGAUCGACGUUGAGCCACAAAAAAUGGAGACGCUGAUGCGUACUCUGAAGCUGUCUGGACACGUCGGCUUCGACAGUCUCCCUGACCAGCUGGUGAACAAGAGCGUGCAAAAUGGAUUCGUGUUCAACAUCCUGUGUAUAGGUGAGACUGGCCUGGGUAAAUCAACUCUCAUGGACUCAUUGUUCAAUACCAAUUUUGAAUCCAUUCCGAGUCCUCACAACUUGCCAACUGUCAAGUUGAAGGCACACACAUAUGAGCUGCAGGAGAGUAGUGUCAGACUGAAGCUAACAAUAUGCGACACAGUUGGCUAUGGAGACCAGGUGAACAAGGAGGACAGUUUCAAAGCAGUAGUGGACUACAUUGAUGCUCAGUUUGAGGCAUACCUUCAGGAAGAGCUGAAGAUUAAGCGAGCACUACCCACAUACCACGACAGCCGGCUCCAUGUCUGUCUUUACUUUAUUUGUCCCACAGGUCAUGGCCUCAAGUCCAUUGACUUGGUGUGCAUGAAGAAGUUGGACACGAAAGUAAACAUCAUCCCCAUCAUAGCUAAGGCCGACACCAUCUCUAAGACUGAGCUGCAGAAGUUUAAGUCUAAAAUAAUGCAAGAGCUGCAAGCGAACUCUGUGGAGAUCUACCAGUUCCCGGUGGACGACGAGUCGGUGACGGAGGUCAACAGCGUCAUGAACUCGCACAUUCCCUUCGCAGUGGUCGGGUCCACGGACUUCGUGAAGAUCGGGAACAAGACUGUCCGCGCCAGGCAGUACCCCUGGGGGACCGUGCAGGUGGAGAACGAGUCCCACUGCGACUUCGUGAAGCUGCGCGAGAUGUUGAUCCGCACCAACAUGGAGGACCUGCGCGAGAAGACGCACGCGCGACACUACGAGCUCUACCGCCGCCGCAGACUGCAGCAGAUGGGCUUCACCGACGUGGACGCCGACAACAAGCCCGUGUCGUUCCAGCAGACAUUCGAGCAGAAGCGCAGCGCCCACCUGGCCGAGCUGCAGCAGAAGGAGGACGAAAUGCGGCAGAUGUUCGUGCAGCGGGUCAAGGAGAAGGAGGCCGAGCUCAAGGAGGCUGAGAAGGAGUUACACGCGAAAUUCGACAAACUGAAGAAAGAUCACACGGAUGAGAAGAAACGGCUCGAGGAGCUCCGCAAGAAGGUGGAGGACGACACCAUCGAGUUCAACCGCCGCAAGCAACAGACGCUGCAGUCACACCACACGCUCACGCUCGGCAAGAGCAAGAAGAAGUAACGCGACACGCGACACGCGCCCGGCCCGCGCUACUGGGAGCCGCGACUUCGGCUAAAUGUUCAUUAACUACUGUGGGCCUCUGGGAGACUACCGGUAUUUCAAUGGCAAAUCACCUUUCUACACUAACUUUUGGUCAAGUUGGUUUUCAAACCUAUUACCAACUUUAUCACUGGCCAGAAUAUUUUUUCAAAUAGUUUAGCUACGCGUGACAGAGUGAAGUGAAUAUUUUUUUUAUCGAGUCAAAUAGACGUUUUAUAAUACCUAUUCCUAUGAUAGGUUCUUUUUACUAGCGGCUUCCUGGCGUGUUCCGAGUAGAUUGUAUGUCGUGUGCUACAGCAGAAAUGCAAUAAGAUCGAAAACUAUCAGAAAUCACUAGGAUGAACAGUAAAACGAAAUAAUAUACAAUUUUACAGUACAUUUUUAAAUCCUUGCUUUUACAUGUAUUUUAAAAAGUUUUUAUUUUAGUUUUCCUUGUGCAUCAAAUUAAAAUACUGUUUAAUUAUAUUGUAUUGUAUUAAUUUAUAAUUUCUUGCGCAAUCUUUUGAUAAAUCUCAGGGGUCCCAUGUCCCAGCUAGUUAGAUACAAUAACAUGCUUAUUCAUGUAUUUUUUUCUUGAAAAUACUACAAAUAUAUCACUGUCGACUUACUGAUGAUGUCCCGUCGAUACUUAUAUGUAAGUAUAUUUAAGUUUUAUUGGCCAAAUGAUGUAAUCAAUAACACGGAGUGACUUUACCAAAA